AAAUUGACAAGCUAAGGACUGCAACACAGCAAGAAAACAUCAACAUUUUUGCUAGACCUUUCAAUCGGAAACGACGCGAGUGCAGUGUAUGUUGAGUUGGUGAAUGGGAAAAUAACAAUUUCUGAAAUUCAUCAAGCAAUACAAUUUCAACGCGAGUGAUUACGUUACACAUCUUUGUCAAUGUAUUAAUUGUAUACGCUGUCGUCGAUAAAGUGGGGCAUCCUCCCUUACAGAGAGUCCCCCCUGGUGGAGGUUUCUUUUCGUGCUGCCCCUUCCCUCCGACAAGCUAGUUUCGCGAUUUCUUUGUGUGGUUAUUGGGCUAAAAAUAUAGCGCACUUUCGGUGAAUAUUGUCGUGUGCUGUUUGCUUGGCGAAUAACUGAACCGGCUGCGCCGAAAACAACCCGGAAGAAACACCCGGAAGGUAGCCUAGCUCCUCGGAUCCAGCUGGCCUCGACAAGAUCGACCAAGACAGCACAGGGAUCUAAUAAGAGUGUUGCACAACUGACAACACGGCGUAACGAGGUAUCCAGAUGCAUACUGGAAACAACUAAAGGAAGCCGAAGGAAUGCUAGUUGACUUUAAACAUUCCACAAGUCAAGGUUACUAAUGCGAAGUGCUGCAGCGUGCAAGGGUAAAACGAACUCAAAACUACGUUAGAACACAGUACGAUCGCAGUUUGUAGAGUCCAACCUUCGCGGGUGGUAAAGUUGAAAACAUACAAACCCACACACUGAAACGAGAACGGUUAGACUGACUAGUGCAUUACUGCUGCAUUUGUGCAUUGUUGUUUAAGUGAUCGGACCAUUCAGAACGUGUGCUGGAUGUUUGUUUACUUUUUGGUGCUAUAUCGAUUAGGUCGCCGAAAGUGAAAAGUAAGGUAUCGUGUGGCCUCGGUAGCGUGUUGUUACUCUUGUAGCAAAGAUUUUAAGUGAUGAUUAUAAUAUAAAGACAUUAAGGUUUUAUGUAGUAUAACAUCUUGUACAGUGAACCUGAUCUUACUUUGCCAAUCGAACCUUCAUCGAAAAGCAGUGUUUUUUACGAAGUGAAAUCGUGCUAAGGAAAAUGAAAAAAGUGGAACAAAGGUGUCGGUUAGUGUGAGCUUUGUUACGUCUUAGUUUUGCCGCUCUUUACCCGUAUAUCCAAUGCCAGUGCCAAUGAUCUUGCAAUAAUAUACGUACGACACUUACGAAACAAGUUGAUCGCUAGUUAGUGGGUGCAAAUAUUGAAAUAGUUAGCAUGAUGUCUGCGUUAAGCCACCAGGUGAACAUGAACAACUUUCUGUCGCUCCUGGUGGGCGCCUCUUUAGUCGCGGCAAAUUCAUCUCCGAGCCACGAUAUAGCUUCUCUGUCACAGCCAACCGAGUUCAGUAAUGGAGUUUCAUCGUUUGCUUUGCCGGCAGAAGAUCGAAUGGCCAUCGAGAGCUCCACGCUGGCCUAUCUAAACUACAGCUUUACAGGGCCGGAUGGGCACUUGAUAGAGUUCGGCAGCGAAAGCGCAAAGUAUGGUGAAGGACGAGUUUUGAAUCGAAGUGGACUAUUGGUGCACAUCAGCAACAGUGCUAAUCAUUCAGACCAUACCGGAUGUUCGAAGCAAUGGUCCGGUACGCUCGGUGGAACAAUUCCGGAGCGCGAUGCACCCUGGAUUGCACUAGUACGCCGUGGUAGUUGUAAUUUCGAAGACAAGGUUAAACAUGCAUACGAGCGCGGUGCUGCAGGAAUCAUUAUCUAUAAUGAUAAGAAUGAUACAAAGUUGGAAAAAAUGAAGAUCAACGAUAAAGAGCGAAACAUUACUGCAGUCUUCACCACCAAUGCAAUGGGGCGUGAGCUGAUUGAAAUUUUGGAAGUUCAUAGAUCCGUUGUGCAAAUGCGCAUAAUUGAGGGAUCUCGUCAGUUCCGCAACCUAGGAAACAUUAAUCGAACGUCUGUGCUGUUUGUUUCAAUUUCUUUCAUUGUACUUAUGAUAAUUUCCCUGGUUUGGUUAGUAUUUUACUAUGUGCAACGAUUCCGGUAUUUGCAAACCAAAGACAAACAAUCAAAACGACUCUGCAGUGUCGCAAAGCGGAUUAUAGCAAAAAUCCCUACCAAGAGUAUUAAAUCAGAUGACAAGGAAAUCGAUAAUGAUUGCUGUGCCAUUUGCAUCGAACCGUAUAAAGUAACUGAUGUUAUACGUGUUCUACCGUGCAAGCACGAGUUCCAUAAGGUCUGCAUAGAUCCAUGGCUACUUGAGCAUCGUACCUGCCCAAUGUGCAAAAUGGACAUUCUGAAGCAUUAUGGCUUUGUGUUUACGGGUAGUCAAGAAAGUAUUCUUCAACUAGACAUGGACAUGGAAGAAGGAGAUCUUAUUGACGACAGAAGCAGCACGGAUGGAGGAUAUCAGAGACGUAACAGUGUCAGUCCUUUACCUCAAAUAAGAGCCUCGAAUGAAAAUCAGAUGUCACGCAGUUCCUCUGAUUCAGAUUCCGAACAAGAACAGUCAUCGCCUGGUCGACGUUCGGCUCAAGCACGAAUUAAGCGUGAUAGCCAACAAAAUCACGAUGAGAUGAUACCGCAGGACGGCGACAUUUGUGUAGGUUGUCUUGCAGCAGCGUUAAACAGGAAACAGAAAAACAGUGAUACCUGUGCUAUUACAGACGAUGUGGACAGUGAUUCUUACGCCGCUGAAACAAACGGUUCUAAAAGUCUACCAGCAACGCUAAAAAAAUACAAGGGUAACCAUUCAACCGGAUCUUGUCGUGGUAUGAAUCCUCCAGACCAUUAUCAUCCGUAUCCUCAUAGUAACAACCGUGGCAGCAAAGCUUACCAGACUCAAGAUUCGCAACAAACCGCUCGUGAUGAUGCAAACGCGCCACAUUCAUCGAAAAUUCCAUUCAAGUUUUACAAAACUGAUCGCGGUCAGCCACGUAAAACGCGAACACCGCUCCGCAACUUAAUUCCUCAAUCGAUUUCAGCACCCUGUGAUACUGACAGCUCGUUGCGCGUAUGCAUCCAUAGCAGCCCAGAGCAGCUUCCAAAAGAGGCUUCUACAUCCAAGUUGGAUGCAAUGGAAUCCAAUAAACAAAUAGAGGACAUACCUCAAGUGCAUAUAAGUCUACAUCCGGUCGAUGUCAAGCGACGUUGCUCGCUGUCACGCAAUUCAUCUUGUUCAUCAGCUGAUCGCAAGGACAUAGUAACAUGCGAAGAUUUGAAAAUGGCAAUGGAUUACUCCAACGAGGAGGAUGUUUCAGAUGAAACGGAACCAAACAGUGAUAAUGAUCUGAUAGUUAGACGAUCGGAGCGGGGUAGCGAAAAAGAAACUCGGAAAAAGUGAUUAAAUCGAUGGUAUCGUUUAAAACCAUCGGGUAAUCCAUGGCACGAUGAUAGAUAAUGAUCGCUUUUCUGCUACCACCCAAGAAACACGGUUGAUGACGAAUCGAAACACGUAAUGUGAUAGAGUGAGACUGUACAGGCGAGACAUAUGUGAGUCAGUUUCCGUUAGAUAAAGCAUGUGUUUGUACGGACUUUUCCCGCAAUGGGAAUGGGUUUCUGCAUUGAUGUAGGUGGACUUAUUACGAUAAAUAAUCCCUCCUUUGGAAUCCUCCUACGAAACCAGCAGAGCUUUCAGCUUAGACAGUAGUUCUUGAACACUUUCAAUAAUAAUUCUAGCAAAAGCGAGCAACCUAAAGGAAACAUUUGUAGGGCACGUAAUAUUUUAAUCCCGUUCUUUGAUAGAAUACCAAACCACUACAAUGGCGUUUCGCGUUGUUGUUUAGCAAUGACGAAAUUUAAAUAGUAUAGAUAAUUCUAGUGAAAUGUUUCUAGCAAUAUCGCGCAGUCACUAAAUCUUGGUAUUCCACUACAAUGCAAUAAAUCAGAAACUAUUCCACAGUAAAAAAAACUUUUUCCGAAUUAAAGUCCUACGCAAAUUAAAUGAUAGAUACUAUGUUUUUUUUUUAAUUAGAUAGGAGGAAUAUAGCAGUUACUCAUUUUGCAAUUUAGACUCUUAAACUACAUAAGAACUAUUUCAAAAAGGAAGAAAAGCGCUUUAUCGUUUGAUGGUGCAUGAUUGGCUAUAGGGAUUUGUUUUAUUCAAACCCACAAUACGCUUAGAUAUGCUCAUGUAUGAUUGAAAACGAUGUUUGAAAACACGAAAUGAAUAAGCUAAAUUAAUGAAGGUAGCAACUACCAAAAUAAUGAAUGGCUUAACAUGACUUUGUCAAUUUACUCGACUAAGAAAACUAUAGCCAACAUCCGCAACUAGACAUUUGGCUUUAAAAUUGAGCUAGAAAUAGUGUGCUGAUAGGACAUUGAAAUAAAAUAAUUUAAACUACAAAAAGAA